AUGCUAGGAAGGGCAUUGCGACCUGGGUGGUUGGGAAUAACCAGGACAGUGAUGAGGAAACCAAUUUGUGGGUCCUGCUUUAACAGAACCUUGCAAACAGCAACGAACACGGGCAUGCCUCCCAUACAAGAAGGCAUGCUGAAUGCAGUGAUGAUGACGGCGACGGCGACAAGGAUCACUGACACAGUCAGCGAGCCAUUAAAUGGGACAAGUAUAGUGAUGCAACUCGAUUCUGUGAUGAGAAAGAGAAAAAAGAAGAUGAAGAAACACAAAUUGCGGAAAAGAAGAAAGAGGGAGAAGGCAGAAAGAAGAAAGCUGUCCCAGGGUAGGUAA